CAUUGCAUCCCGCCUGUACCGCAAACAUGUCAUUAUCCAUGUCGAAUCGGAUCCCUGAUAAAUCUUUUGCUACCAAGUUGCAUCCAGGUAAAAUAUUCAUGUCAAGAAAGCCUCCUUGACGACACAAAGCCUAUUUCUGCCCGGUGUCAUCCCCCGACUCGCCCUUUCGAGUCAUCUCACAUACAAAAUAGUAACAUUGAGCGACUUCACUGGAUAGUUUCUAGAGAGUCCGGAUCUUAGGUGGAGAAUGGACACGACACAGCCACCGCGGAGACCCAUAAAGCGACUCCUUGUUGCAAAUAGAGGAGAAAUAGCAACGCGCAUCGUCUCUUCUGCUCGCGAACUCGAGAUUGAGACGUAUGCCAUCUACGUAUCAGGUGACGAUUCGCACGCUGUACGAGCAAACCACGCAGUCAAGUUACCAUCAGCCUCAACCUUUAUGAGUAUUGAUGGUCUUAUCGAAAUCAUCGAACACUACAAAAUUGAUGCCGUGCAUCCAGGGUAUGGAUUCCUAUCAGAGUCGGAAGACUUCUCGAGGAGAGUUUGGAAAGAAGCUGGCGCUGUAGUGGUGGGUCCCGGAUGGGGUAUCCUGAGUAGUACUGGAGAUAAGCUCAAAGCGAGGCAGCUUGCAGAACAAUGCAACGUCCCUGUGUCUCCAGCUCUCCGGCAACCGACUAACAAUGUCGAAGACGUCCAGCGCUUUGCAUCAGGGGUAGGUUUCCCAAUCAUGGUAAAAGCAGUGGAUGGAGGCGGUGGGCGAGGCAUCCGUCUGAUUUGCAGUAAAGACCAGCUACCUGCUUUGGUCAAAAGAGCAGUCGAAGAGAGCCCUUCCAAGCAAGUAUUUGCUGAGAAAGCUGCAGUUGAUGGUUUCCGGCACAUCGAAGUUCAGAUCAUUGGAGACGGCAGUGGGACUGUAACACACCUUUGGGAACGCGAGUGCAGCAUUCAGAGACGAUACCAAAAGAUCAUUGAGCUGGCACCAAGUGUCGUGUCUGAUCGCAAGCUGAUUGCCAAGGUGAUCGAAGAUGCGUUGAGAAUGGCCAGACAUAUACACUACGUCUCACUUGGUACUUUUGAGUUCCUCGUGAACCCAGCAACAAAAGAGUACUACUUUCUGGAAGUCAAUCCGCGGUUGCAGGUCGAGCAUACAAUCACUGAGUCCAUUUCCAUGACCGACAUCGUCAAAGCACAAUUGCUGCUCGCGCAAGGCGCUCCUCUAACCCAGUGUGGCCUAUCAGUAGCUCCAGGUAGCCCAGAAGUCCCGCCCUCUGCGCACUCUAUCCAACUGCGCAUCACUGCGGAGAAUGUUCGGAGCGACUGGUCUUUAUCGAUUGGCAAAAUUACAUCUUUCCAAUUCCCUUCAGGUAAUGGCAUUCGGGUUGACACACACCUCAUCAGUGGUCGACCUGCUGUAGUAUCAGCAGAUUUCGACAGUCUAGUCGCCAAAGUCAUUGUAACAGCGUCAUCGUGGAAAGACGUGGUCCGUAAAGCGCGGAGGGCUCUAGAGGAUACGCGUAUCGCAGGAGUCAAGACAAAUCUUGACAUGCUGAAAGCCAUCGUCGCACACUCGGAUUUUCUGAAUGGUCAAUGCGAUACGCAAUGGCUAGAAAGCAAACAGGAGGAACUGCUUCGAUCGAGCCAACGCAUCGCUGAAGCCCAUCCUAACACUCUUGGCCCAGACAUUACGACAUCUUCUUCAACUGCAUCGGUUUCGACAGCCAACACUCUCUUCCGAAAAGGCGAUGCCUGGUCCAUAGCCAUAUCUUCCCCCACGACCAAAGCAAAUGAGAAACCACCACCUCAUCACCUCGAGUUAACACGCGUCCUACGAAACGAUUUCCCAACCUCACUAAGCGCGGAACUGCUCUUUACAACUCCCUCUAGUGCUUCCUCGGCCACCCCUCAAACAACACCAUAUACCAUAACCCUCUCCUCAACGUCUGCCAGCGCUUCAGCAGCCACGUCACAUCAUAGACGUGGCAACCCAUCUGAUCCAUCGCACAUCAGUAUUCCGUUCCCUGGGAAGCUCGUCGAGGUCCUGAUUGACGAGGGUGAUGUAGUGAAAGAAGGAGACGUAAUCUGCGUAGUGCAGCAAAUGAAGAUGGAGCUAGAGGUACGCAGUCCGCGGAGUGGCCGAGUAACAUGGGUCACAGAAGCAGAAGAUGGGGAAGACGUUGCGGAAGGCAUGUUAGCUGCUGUUAUCGAGACUGCGCAAGAGAACCGUCUCUGAAAAGGAUUAUUAAUCUAUUCUUUAUAUUG